AUGCAUUCCUCGAUUCGUCCAAACCAAUUUGUGGUUAUCCAGCUGCCGUCAGAUCAGACGCGCAUUGUUAAGCUGGUUCCCAAUACUAUAGUGCAACUAGGCAAAUACGGCAGCUUUGCCGCAAACCAAAUUCUCGGUCGACCCUUCUUUUUCACUUUCGAGAUCCUCGAUGCUCCUCAGAGUGAUGGCUACCAGCUGCGUGUAGUCCCCGCCGAAGAGCUACAUGCUGAAAACCUCAUCGAAGAAGCCGAGGCAGAUGGCGAGGGCGAAGAAGGAGAAUCGGGCGCCAGCACCCCCAUGCGCACAAAUCGCAACAUUGUCGACGAUGCGUCGACUCAAAAGUUGACGACCCAGGAGAUUGAAGAGUUGAAGAAGGAGGCCAGUGGCGCAGGCAAGGAUAUCGUCGCAAAGCUCCUCGAGUCGCAUACCAACCUGGACAAGAAGACGGCCUUCUCACUCGCCAAAUAUACGUUGCGCAAGCGCAAGAAGUACAUCCGGAGAUUCACGGUUCUGCCAUUGGACGUCGGCUUCCUCACCAACUUUUUGCUUGACCAACGGGACGCGCAGCGAACGAUGGAAUUGCGAGAUGAGCACGUGGGCCUGCUCGGCUGCUUGGGUAAUGUGCAUCACGGCGGAAACUCCACCCUGGAUGCCAUUCCUACGAUCAAGCCGAAUGGUCGAUACUUCGUGGUUGACGAAACCGGUGGCCUCGUUGUCGCGGCAAUGGCGGAGCGAAUGGGGAUUCUGUACCCCGAAGACGAUGAGGAGGAAGACCUGAACGAGGAUUCUUCCGCCAUGGCGCAAGAUGGAACGGAAACCACAGAGAAGAAGACUACCUCAACGCCCCGGCGUAAACGUCCUAGACCCAUGUCUGCCUCUGGGAACACAAUCACCGUCAUCCACGCCUACUCGCAACCCAACUUGUCAUUGCUGAAAUACUUCGGCUACGACAUCAACACUCCCGAUGAGUCUCAUCCUCUUCACACCCAUCUCAAGACCAUGUCAUGGUUGCAGCUGGUGGAUCCCUCAACAGACCCCAUUCUUUCCAAUGAACCUCCUGCUCUGUCCGCCGAAGAGCUCUCGGGCUUGAAGGCCAGCAAGCGCACUGCUUAUUACUUUAAGCGUAACCGCUGGGAAAAGUUCCGUGCCGUCACAGAUGAGGCUCGUGCAGGCGGCUUCGACGGUUUAAUCGCUGCUACUCUGCUAGAACCCGCCGGUGUUUUGAAGCACACCAUUCCGCUUCUGUCGGGCUCUGCCGCGGUUGCUAUUUACUCUCCAACCAUUGAACCCCUCACCGAGCUCAUGGAUCUAUAUUCCACCGCCCGGCGGACGGCAUUUAUCAAUCGCAAGCGGGAUCUCGAGAUGCAAAAGACUUCCGACGGAGAGACCGUGGACUUCGCGCCACUCUCCGAGGAGUUCCCUCUCGAUCCCACCCGACUCUUGCCACCAACGCUACACACCACCCGCGUUCGCGCCUGGCAAGUCCUGCCUGGCCGGACGCAUCCUCUCAUGACCGGACGUGGAGGAGCAGAGGGCUAUCUCUUCCACGGUGUCCACGUCAUCCCCGCCUCAGCCAACAUUCAGGCUGCGGGUACAUUCCGGAAGAAGCGCAAGGUAGAAACCACCUCGACGCCUGCUAGCGAUCGAGACGUGGAGAUGACCUCUUAA